AUGACGGCUGCAACUGCAGGUCCGGCCGCUGGGGUCCGUGUGCCACCACCAGCGUCAGGGUCGGUUCCUGGCCUCGUAGCACCCAGCGCAGGCUCCAGACAGAGGCCCAUCCCGCCACCGGAGCCCUUGGAGGGCAGCAUGGACAUGCCACAGGCGACGACGGCUGUAACUGCAGGUCCGCCUGUGCUGCGGGCACUGGCACGGGCAUCCACGCCCGUCCUGCCAGUCACGGAGGCCCAGGCAAUCCCCCCACCGGAGCCCUUCCAGGUAGUGCUUCCUCAGAUGCCCGAGAACUUGACGCCGGAGGAGCAGCGCAAGCAUCAAGCGCUCUACGUCACCACGCUUCAGGCUUCCCACGCCCUCCGUGACAAGUUUGGAAUGAUGGGGAUCUUGGAGGCGGUUCGCAUGUCAGAUCCGCAUCUUAACAUGCUGGCCUUGGGUAUGGAUCCGACUGGCAGUAACGAGACGCCACCGCGCCGGGAGCCAGAGUUCUAUGUCCCCCGAAGCUACUUCGUGAACCCUCCGAAGCCGAAGUUGGAACACUUCUCAAAGUUUUCCCUGGAGACUUUGUUCUACAUGUUCUACAGUAUGCCCAGGGACAUGCAACAAGCUCUUGCGGCAUGGCAGUUGUACGAGCGUGGAUGGCUGUACCACAAGACGGAACAGAUGUGGAUAGCGGCGCAGCCGCAGGAUGAUGGCGCAGGCAAUCUGCGCCUCGUGUACUAUGACCCCAUAGCUUGGAAGCUCAAGUACGUGCUGAAGGAAGUGGAUCCUAGCGGGUUCCUCACCAAGGCCAUCUGUGGCUCAACCCACCAGACACCAGAACCUUGCAGCUCUGCUCUAGAGAGGUAA